AUGUACAUUCGAGCUGCCCACGCGGAGACUGAUCUCCGCGUCCUUCGACGCCUCAUCCACGAGAACCCACUGGGCAUGCUCACGACAGGCAUCAGAUCCCCUACAUACCCCUUCCUCCAAAGCAGCCAUAUCCCAUUCAUCCUCGACGUCCAAGAUGAAUCAAGCGAAACCGAGCUUGGGCGGUUGCGAGGGCACCUCGCCCGACAAAACCCCCAGAGCAAAGCCAUGAUGGAAGCUUGCACCUCCAAUCCUAGCGCCAACAACUUUCUCGAAGAUGAAGUCCUCGUCAUUUUUACUAGGCCAGCUCACCAUUAUGUUACGCCUAAGUUUUACAAGGAGACGAAGCCUGCGACUGGAAAAGUCGUGCCUACUUGGAACUAUGCCGCUGCGCAAGCGUAUGGAAAGGCGCGCAUCUACUUUGAGAACAACGAUGAGACGUCUUCAUUCCUCGGAAAGGCUAUUUCUGACUUGAGCCAUCAUGCGGAGACCAAUGAAAUGGGAUAUACCGGUGGAGAUAGACCUUUGGAGUGGAAAGUCUCCGACGCCCCCGAGAGGUUCAUCGAUCUGCUCAAGCGAAACAUUAUUGGCAUCGAGAUUGAAGUCGAUAGACUGGAGGGUAAGUUCAAGAUGAGCCAGGAGAUGGGCAAGGGAGACAGGGAAGGAGUUAUCAACGGCUUUGAGAGUUUGCAGUCGGAGAGGGGAGAUGAUCUUGCAAGGGUGGUUAGGGAGCGUGGUGAAAUCAAGGAUAGGCAGGCUCAGAAAUGA